AUCCAAAAUCUCAAUUUCUCCUUUUUCCAAAUUUCACUUCUCUUCACCGUUCCCACACACUCCCUUUUGCUCCAUUAAAGAGAAUACCGUUUAUUGUUGUGAUCGGUUUUUUUUUUUUUACAAUGGUUGACGUAGACCGGAGAAUGACCGGUUUGAACCCGGCUCACUUAGCCGGUCUGCGCCGUCUCUCCGCUAGAGCCGCCGCUUCUUCACCAUCCACUCCUGUUCCUCCACGUAAUAGUCUCCUUUCCUUUUCCUCUCUUGCCGAUAAAGUUAUAUCUCAUCUCAAAACCUCUAAUAUCCAUGUCCAAACCGGGUUAUCCGAUGUUGAGUUCGCUAGAGCUGAAGCUGAGUUUGGGUUUGCUUUUCCACCUGACUUAAAAGCGGUUCUGUCAGCCGGUUUACCAAUCGGACCGGGUUUUCCUGACUGGCGCUCAACCGGUCCGGCCCGGUUCCAUCUUCGUGCUUCUAUUGACUUACCCAUCGCUGCUAUUUCCUUUCAUAUUGCACGUAAUGCUCUUUGGUCUAAGUCCUGGGGACCUAGACCAUGUGACCCAGAGAAAGCAAUCAAGAUUGCAAGAAAUGCACUCAAAAGAGCUCCACUUUUAAUACCCAUUUUUAACCAUUGUUAUAUUCCUUGUAAUCCUUCUUUAGCUGGUAACCCAAUAUUCUACGUGGAUGAAAAUCGGAUUUUCUGCUGUGGGUUUGAUCUAUCUGAUUUCUUUGAUCGUGAAUCAUCUUUAUUGUUCCAAAGUAACUCAGAUCCUCAGAUUUUAUCAAAACAACGCUCUUUGAGUGAAAAAUCAGCUGGUUCGUCAACCAACUUCUCGAGAAGGAGUCUUGAUGCGUUUUCCGGUGGUCGGACACCGCGUUGGGUGGAGUUCUGGAGUGACGCCGCCGUAGAUCGGCGGCGGAGGAGCUCCAAUUCAUCAUCCUCAUGUUCAUCCUCACCGGAAAGGUACUUUGAAAUGCCAAAGUCCAAAAUGCCUAAAUGGGUGGACGAGUACGUAGAUAAUAUCGGGUCAGUUUUGAAAGAAGGCGGGUGGGCUGAAUCAGAUGUGAAAGAGAUAGUACAAGUUUCAGCAUCUGGUUUCUUUGAAGGUGAAAUGAUAUUAUUGGAUAAUCAAGCGGUUUUAGAUGCUCUCCUUGUGAAAGCGGAUCGGUUUUCGGAUUCGCUUCGUAAAGCCGGGUGGAGCUCCGAAGAAGUAUCUUACGCACUCGGGUUUGAUUAUCGACCCGAGAAGGAGAAGAAACCGGCUAAGAAGUUGUCACCUGAGUUAGCCGAAAGAAUCGGGAAACUGGCUGAGUCGGUAUCGCGUUCGCGGUCAUCAUCAUAGAGUUGGGCUACAGGCUACCGGCAAACAUCGAGAUUCCUUUUUUUUUUUGUAUGUUCUUUUUUAGAUUUUCGAAACCUCGGGUUUGGUAUAUGCCUCUUUUUGGGUACCAAUUGAUAUUAAGAGGGCGAAAAAGAAAAAGAAAAAAAACAAAAAACAAAUACGCGUUGAUGUAUUAUUUAAAGUACAAAGAAUUUCAAAAGGUGGGAUAAAUUGCGAUAAAGUGUAUUAAAGUUGUUUCCGUAUUGGAAUAUAUAGCUUGUUGGUAAAAA